AUGAUGUCGGAUUCAUUCAUAUCGAUCUUACUUGGUAUUGUUGUAUCUACAUUAAUAAAUUAUUGUCGACAAGAAAAUCUUAUAGUGAUUUUUGAAUCAACUCUCAAAGAAUUUCUUGGAAUAACCAUUGGAGAAAAUGAUGUCAACACAAAUCAAAAGACAAAAAUUUUAUCUAAUUUCGUACCAAUACGAUCACAUCGAUACCUUCAUAUGAGCGAAACAACAUUACCUAGUGUAUUUGAAGAGUUAAUUACCGAAAUAAAGAAAACAAAAAUAUUCACAAUCAUACCCAAUGAUCCAUGGUUGUCCAAUGAACAUCAUAUAAUCAUAGAAUUUAUUAAACCCACAUCUUCUGUUCAAACUGUCAUAAAACUUUCUCUUGAAUACUAUUUUGAACAUCCACGCAUUGAUGAAUUGCUUUCGAAUAUAUUUCAAGUAUCGGAUACAAUUCAAACAUGGGGAGAUACAAAUCAACGUUUAUUAUAUCAGCAAAUUUAUCGUGCCUUCUCUCAUGUGCAAACGAACAAAGUUCAUAUAAUAAAUAUUCAACAUUCGUUUAAAACUUGGUAUAAUACAACAUUUGCUCAUAAGGAAAAUUGUGGUCAAAUCCUCGAUUUUGACGAUAUAGACGGUCCAUUAUGUACUUGUACAUAUCGACCCCUGAAGCAUUUCAAUGAUCAAUGGUCUCUCGCUAAUGCUAUUGCCUAUACAUUUCAUGAAAAACUGGAUAUGAAACAAAACAAUAUUCAAGAAAUUCUAGCCUUAUCAAAACUCUCCUGUAUCAUCGACGAAAACUGGAGUCGUCAACAAAUUGAAGAUUAUAUAAGUGAACAUCAUGCCCAUGAAAAAGUAUAA